AUGAUGAAAAACAAGCGCCGGCUGGUGAGAGGCGAUGAAGAGCAACGCCCUUACAAAAGGGUAGCUAGGCCAACGAGAUUGGACAGCUCGAGUGGAUCCAGUCCAGGCGCCCUGAGUGAACUUAGUGAGCAAGUAGUUUCAAGAUUGCGCAGGAGUGUCGUGUCGCUUGCUUCGUUCGAUGGUGAUACCAAGUUACGUGAAUGCACAGGCAUAUGCAUUGAAACCUCAUGUUCUGAUUCUGAAGCUACAAUCCUGACAUCGAGACGGUUGAUUCCACCUACUCGCCCAGCUGCAAGUUUGAAUAUAAAAGUACGCCUUCCGAAUGAUCGGAUUGUCACUGGGUGGAUAGAGGAUCCUAAGAUAUAUGUUGAUUUUUUCAUUGUCAACAUCAAGAAUGUGUCUGGUAUUGAUGCCGCAAGUCUUGACUGUGACAUGCAGUCUGAGCCACAUACGAAGGUAGCAGCUGUACGCCGCUGUUUCAGUUCAGGAUUUUUAACAGCCACAAGUGGACUAAAUCUCGCCUCUCCAACCAAUGAGACAAUCGUAAGCACGUGCCGGAUCCACAAGGCGGGGAUUGGAGGCCCUCUUGUUGAUUUUGAUGGCAACUUUGUCGGGAUGAACUCCUCUCGUACCAAAAUGGAGAAGACUGCUUACGUGCGAAGGGAGGGAAUUUUCCGAUUCUUGGUGCUUCACGGGAAGGUCAGUGUUAGAGUUAAGGAAGGGUUUGAUGAUGUUUCAAGGGCAAGAAUGAACAGUGAGAUGAAAGCAAUUAGGCCAAGUUUGAGUGCUAAGUCCGUAGAGAAAUUGAGUAAAUCCAGAAAAGGUGCCUUGAGUAAGCAAGUACUUUCCAGAUUAAGCAUGAGUAUUGUGGCGCUGGCCUCAUUCGAUGGUGAUACCCAAUUACACGAAUGCACGGGCACAUGCAUCGAAAGCUCAUGUCCUGAUGCCACGUGUUUCCUGACAUCGAUAAAUUUGAUUCCUUAUACUUGUCGGUUAGGGAAGAUCACUGAAAGUUUGACGAUUAAAGUACGCCUUUCCGAUGAUCAGAUUGUCACUGGGUGGAUAGAGAAUCCUGAGAUAUAUGUUGAUUUUUUUAUCGUCAAAAUCAAGAACGACGAUGUUAUUGAUCCCCCCCAUCUAUGUCAUCUAAGUCUUGAUCGUGCCACGCAGUUUGAGCCUUUUAGGAAGGUAGCAGCUGUAUGGCGCUAUUAUGAUUCAGGAGAAUUAAAGACCACAAGUGGAGUAGAUCUUGCCUCUGUAUGCGCUCUUACAGAUGAGGAGAUGUUAAGCACAUGCCGAAUCCAUGAGGUGGGGAUUGGAGGUCCCGUUGUUGAUUUUGAUGGCAACUUUGUCGGGAUGAACUGCUCUGGUACCAAACAAAGAAAGACCCCCUACGUGCGAAGGCCUUCGAUUCGUGAAUUCAUGUGGUUUUGCGAGAUGGUCAGUGUUAAGGAAGAGGUUGAUGAAGCUGCAAGUGCAAGAUUUAAAAGUCGUUAUGGAGAUUCAGCUUUCCUCAGGGCAGGAGGUGAGCAAAUUUAUUUCAUAGGAUAUUGGCUGUUUAGGCCAGAAUGA